CCGGCAGACCCUGCUGGUGCGGGUGGGCUGCGAGGGGCAGGAGGGGCUGCGGCACCUGCCCGGGGACCACCUGGGCGUGUUCCCCGCCAACCGCGAGGAGCUGGUGCGGGGGGUCCUGGAGCGCGUGGAGGACCCGCCGCCCCCCGAGCAGCCCCUGGGGCUGGAGAGCCGCGACGGGGACCCCGCAGGCGGGUCCCCCCCCGGACCACGCUGGGUGCUGCAGUCGCGGCUGCCCCCCUGCACCCUGGCCCAGGCUCUCACCUUCUACCUGGACGUGGCGGCCCCCCCGACCCCGCAGUUCCUGCAGCUCCUGGGCUCGCUGGCGCGGGACCCCGCGGAGCGGGAGCGGCUCCAGCGCCUGGCGCAGGACGCGCGGCUGUACGAGGAGUGGAAGUGGUUCCGGUGCCCGACGCUGCCGGAGGUGCUGGCCGAGUUCCCGUCCGUGGCUCUGCCGGCCGCGCUGCUGCUCUCCCAGCUCCCGCUGCUCCAGCCCCGCUACUAUUCCAUCAGCUCCGCGCCCGGCGCCCACCCGGGCGAGAUCCACCUCACCGUGGCCGUCGUCACCUACCACAGCGAGAACGGGCAGGGCCCCCUCCACUACGGCGUCUGCUCCACGUGGCUGGCGCGGCUGCAGCCGGGGGACACGGUGCCCGCCUUCAUCCGGGGGGCCCCCUCGUUCCGGCUGCCGCCCGACCCCAGCACCCCCUCCAUCCUCGUGGGCCCCGGCACCGGCGUCGCUCCCUUCCGGAGCUUCUGGCAGCACCGGCUGCACCUCCUGCACACCGAGGGUGGGGACAGGGCUGGACGGGGGGAACGGGAGAACACAGGGACAUGGGAGGGCUGGGGACAACGGGACAUG